AUGGGCAAAGGGAGAGGGAUGGGCAAAGGGAGUGGGUGUGGAAAGGGAGAGGGAUUGGGAAAGGGAGUGGGUAGGGAAAGGGAGAGGGAUCGGCAAAGGGAGAGAGUGAGGAAAAGAAAAGGGAUGAGGAAAGGCAGAGGAAUGGGCAAAGGAAGAGGGAGGGGGGUAGAAGGAUGGGCAAAUGGAGAUGGAUGGGCAAAGGGGGACUGGAUGGGCAAAGGUAGAGGGAUUGGGAAAGAUAGAGGGAUGCGGAAAGAGAAAGGGAUGGGGAAAGGUAGAGGGAUGCGGGAAGAGAACGGGAUGGAGAGUGGUAGAGGGAUGGAGAAAGGUAGAGAGAUGGAGAAAGAUUCAGGGAUAGAGAAAGAUAGAGUGAAGGGGAAAGGGGGAGGGAUGGAGAAAGGUAGAGGGAUGCGGAAAGGGAAUGGGAUUGUAAAAGGGAGAGUGAUGAGGAAAGAUAGAGGGAAGGAGAAAGGAGAGGGAUGA